AAUACCUUUUCUCAUUCUAUAAAACACCCCCUCCUCUCAAGUUUCUCUUCGCCUUGGAACACCAACCCCAUUUACCUGACUCUUAAAAUCCUGUUCAAAACCUAAGCAUUGCAUAUUCACUCAAAACUUCAAAGCCAUGCAGCCCAGUGAGGUCACAGAACUCCAUUAUCUGCUUCCUUCAAAUCCAACUCCAUAUCCGCCUCAUUUUAGCUUGAACAGCACACCCGGAUUUCAGUUUAGCAGACUUCCUAACCCUUUAUAUCAUCUGCCAAUUACUCCUCAAUUUCCAGAAUUCAACCCACAACCAACAUAUUUCAACAGUAACUCAACUUCUGAUGAAGCAGAUGAACAGCAACUAAGUCUCAUCAAUGAGAGAAAGCAAAGAAGAAUGAUAUCCAACAGAGAGUCUGCACGCCGGUCACGAAUGCGCAAGCAGAGGCACCUAGACGAGCUUUGGUCACAGGUUGUUUGGCUUCGAAAUGAGAAUCACCAACUGACUGAUAAACUGAACCAGGCUGCGGAGCGCAAUGAUCAGGUCCUUCAAGAGAACACUCAACUCAAAGAAGAAGCUUUAGAACUUCGCCAGAUGCUAACUGACAUGCAGCUGAGUAGUCCUUACCAUACCUUUAGAGAUUUUGAUGAUGUCCCUUGCAACGAUUAUCUCGGAACUGAAUCCUCAAACCAAACCAUCACAAGUUCCACAGAUUUGCUUCAUUGA